CCUAUGGUUACCGUUUCUCGUGUUUAAUUCCUUUCCCACUCCCCUGCUGCUGAGCAUGCUCUUACUUCCUGGCCCUUUGAAGACGAACCUCCCCUCGCUUAGCUUCUUCGUGGAAUCCCAUCUUCAGACAAUCUGGACAAGCACGGUUCUCCGGCAGUAUCUGCGUCUUCUCUCUCACUCACCGGCUCUGCCUUGUAUCAUUAAUGUCGACCAAAAUUCUAGAAUUUCUCCGUUCAUCAAAGACUCCACCGCCACCGUCCUUUUCUCAGAGGAAACAUGCAUCCAUUUCCUCUCAUUCUGCAAAUCCAUGACGUCCUCCAAACCGGGAACUUGUGUUCAUUCACCGAUCAUCAAACUAGGCCUUGACAGACAUCUUUACAUCUGCAACAACCUCCUAUCCUUCUACUCAAAACAUGGACAGGCAAACAUUGCACACAAGCUGUUUGAAGAAAUGAGGUAUAGAGAUAUCGUCUCCUGGACUGCAACUAUAUCAGCUUUUGUUCAGAGUGGCAAUGAUGAAGAGGCACUUUGGCUGUACCAGCAAAUGCUGUUUGCUGGUUUGGUGCCUAACCAUUUCACGUUAUCCAGUAUCAUGCGCUGUGCUGCAUCUGUUAGGGAUUUCGAUCUAGGAAUGAGUCAUCAUGCCGUUAUCCUUAAACGUGGUUUCAGAUCAAAUUACGUUCUUGAGGGCGUUCUUCUAGAUUUCUACUCCAAGUGUGGUAUGUUUGAUGAUGCUUGUCUGGUAUUUGAACUUAUGACUGAUAGAGAUACUGUUUCAUGGACGACAAUGAUUUCUGCUUUGGUGCAAGCUGAGGACUGGAACAAGACCGUUGGGAUCUACAUAGCCAUGCUGAGAGAUGGGGUCUUCCCGAAUGAGUUCACUUUCUCCAAGCUCCUCACAGCCUGCUGCAAUCUUGACUCCCGCCUUGGUGAACUAGUUCAUGCUCAUGUGAUCCUUCUUGGGAUCGAGCUCAACCUUGCAGUGAAAACUGCACUUGUCAACAUGUAUUCUAAAUGCAGCAAUAUGAUCAAUGCCACGAAAACCCUACACUUGACCUCUGAUUUUGAUACAUUGCUAUGGACUGCAAUCAUUUCAGGUUAUGCUCGAGCUGGGGAUUGCAGUAGGGCGGUUGCAUCCUUCCAAGAGAUGCAGACUUCAGCAGCAUUUCCUCCCAACUCAUUUACCUAUACUGCUCUCCUCAAUGCGUCCUCUUUAUCGACAUUGCCUGAGCUGGGAAAAGUCUUCCAUUGCUUAGUGGUAAAGGCUGGGAUUGAGCAUGAUGUUUCUGUUGGCAAUGCCAUUGUUGAUCUUUAUUCAAAAUGUUCUCCACAAUUAGAAGAUGCAAUGAAUGCCUUCGAGGAGAUCUCCUCUCCAAAUGUUGUAUCCUGGACAGCUCUUAUUUCUGGGCUUGUUCGACAUGGAGAAGAUAGUACCGCAAUGGCGGCGCUCACAGAGAUGCAAGCGGCUGGGGUGAAGCCCAAUUCCUUCACCUUGUCCACCAUCCUCACAGAUUUGAGCUCAGCAGAGGGUCCUGCUCAUGCCCAGAAGCUCCAUACUGUUGCACUCAAGACCAACUUGGACACUAGGGAUAUUACGGUUGGCAACUCUCUUGUUGCCGCCUAUGCUAAACUCGGCAGGCCAAUUGAUGCUGGGAAAGUAUUUGAUGAUGUAUCCCAUAGGGAUGUCUACACCUAUACAAGCCUGGCCAAAGGUUUGAAUCAGGCAGGGCUCCAUGGGCAGGUCCUCUCGCUGAUCAGGCCCAUGAGGGCCGAGCUCACAAGCAUUGAUGGCUUCAGCAUAGCUUCCUUCCUUUCCGCUGCUGCAGGUCUAUGUGCAGCCAAGUGCGGUAGGCAGCUGCACUGUUACUCCCUUAAAUCAGGUCUCAGUGUGUCCAUCUCAGUCUUGAAUGGUCUUGUGGACAUGUAUAGCAAGUGCGGUUGCAUCGCUGAGGCCCGGGCCAUUUUUGCUUCAAUUCAGCAGCCAAAUGUCGUGUCAUGGAAUGGCUUGAUGUCAGGGCUUGCCUCCAAUGGGUGUUUUGCCAAUGCUUUGUCGACAUUCGAAGACAUGAUAAUGGCGGGAGUCCUUCCAGAUUCUGUCACCUUCCUGAUAGCCCUUUAUGCCUGUAGCCAUGGUGGGCUUGUAGACCUCGGAAUGGACUACUUCAAUUCAAUGGAAGAACAGUUUGGAUUGGUUCCAGGGGAGGAUCAUUAUGUUUGCCUUGUGGAUAUGCUUGGAAGGGCAGGGAGGCUAGAGGCAGCUGCUGAAGCCAUAGAAACCAUGGUGCAUCAGCCUGGGGCUUUGAUAUACAAAACGUUGCUGGGAUGCUGCAGGCUCCAUGGGAAUGUUGCAAUGGGGGAGUGGGCGGCGAGCCAGGCAAUGGAGCUGGAUCCUUUAGAUUCAGCAGUCUACGUGCUGCUUGCUGGUAUGUAUGAUGAUGCUGGGAGGGUGGAAUUUGGGGAGGAGAUAAGGAAGAUGAUGAGGGCGAGAGGAGCGACCAAGUCUCCUGGAAGAAGCUGGAUGUAGAGCAGUUCUAUUUCCUUACGGUUUCAAAGUUCCUCCUAUCUUAUGGAAGAUGGGAACAAUCAUUUGGAAGAUAGGAACAAUCAUUUCAGUCCUCCUUGGUACAGGUGGAGUUAUUGCUGUUAUCAACGGUCGUGAGUUUCAAUCCAUUUAAGGUAGCAUAUGAUGAGGGCCCAAUCAACAUGGAAUUUUGAAAGGAAAUUUAUGUGAGCAAUCUUAUUUUUAGUGGGAUAAUCUUGUAACUUCGUGCAAAAAAUUAAAUGAAGAUUGUGAGAAUAGUCACAUCAAAGAUCUCAAAUACAAGGCACUAAUCUGCAUGGUUUGGUAAGAUUCACCUAAUUCUACAUUCGUACAUAAAUAAAAUUGUUGGAUAUUGGUUCAAAAUUAAGGAUUGUACUUUCUUUAGUUUCUUGAAUGGCUUGUAUUGUCAUUGUUGUAGCUUUUUAUUGCCUAUAAAUAGAGGCUAUAGGCUGUAAUAGAAGAUAUCAUUAAGAAAUAAAGAUUUGAAUUAACCU